UCCAUGUCAAGAACCCAAGAACACGUGCGCUAAUCACCAUUUCCUCCCUAUAAAUUUGCCGCCACAAACUCGUGUCCUCGUCUCUCCUCAGCGCCGGCCAGACAAUCAAACCACCGCCAUCCCCAAGCUCCGGCCUCCAGGAAUCAAUCUAACAAUUAAUCACCAUGGUGUACUGGAGGAGCAAGAGCGGCGGCGGUGGCGCCUCACCGAGCCGCGCCAACGGCGGCGAGGAUGAUCAGGUCCCGAGAGGGCACGUCCCGAUGGUCGCCGGCUGCGGCGGCGGCGACGGCGACGGCGGGGAGCGCGUGAUGGUGCCGGUGAGGCUGCUCGGCGACCCGUGCAUCGCGGAGCUGCUGGACAUGGCGGCGCAGCAGUACGGGUACGGCCAGCCGGGCGUGCUGCGUGUGCCCUGCGACGCCGGACAUUUCCGGCGAGUCGUCGAGCGCGCGCUGCGGAAGGACGGUGGCCGGUCAGCAUGACGCCUGAUGUGUCGUGCGGUGUACAUACACGUUGUCCGUGUAUUCUUUGAUUGAUCAAAUUAUUGUAACCUUGGAGUUUCUAAAUAGCCGUCAAGAAAAUAUGUGUAUGCUUGUCAGCGACUUGAGUUUCAACCGCCAAGACAAUGACUAAACUUCCCAAAGAAAUCAGGUGGCCGCCGAUUCUUGCAGUAA